ACAACGACACAUUUGCAAAUGCAGCAGUAAUUUCGGUAAAUGUACAAAAUUCACUAGUCUAGAACGCGUGUUACACAUCUUGACCCAGAAUCGUACGACCAGCUCACUGAGUCACACACUGUCUCAUCAGCAACUCAUUUACAACAACACUAAAAUGGACAAGGUCACGGACACAGAGUGGGAAAAGAAGUGGAAGGCAAUGAUCGACCAUGAAAAGAACAAGAAACUCCUCAAUGAACGCCUAAGAGAACAACUCCAAAAGAAGCAAGAAUUAGAGGAAACCGUAGAGUGCACCUUUACACCAAAAACACACCUCAAGCCAAAAGACACUGCUACCCAGAGAACAAAGGAAGAUCUCAUCCAAAUCAUCUUCCCUAUCAUUCAGGAAGAAGAAGCAAUCCUCAGAGAGCUCAACAAAAUCGAGUCCGAUGAAAAGAAGAGGAUCUUCAACCUCACUCAAGCGAUCUACACAAGUGUAUUUAAUCUUCCAGACUACGAAAGUAGGAAUAUAGAAGACAGAAUCAAGGUCGUACAGGAUAACAUGGCCAGGUAUGCCGAAUUUUACAAGCAGGAACGACUCAAGGAUAUUGCAAAUGUAAAGGCGUUAAAGCUAGGCAUUGUAGGUAAACUCCACAAUCUGGAGAGACAGUUCAACCUCUUGUGUACGAACGAAAAUAUUGAAAACAAAGACCUGGAAACUAUAGAAUACAGUAUUCAAAACUCCAGGAACAUCAAACAAGAGAUCUUGGAUUCCACAGGCAACUAUGAUACACUUAGGGAUAGGUCAAGAGUCACCAAAGAAUUUGAGAACAUAGUCAAAAAUGUCCAGGAGGAUUUAAUGGCUAAUGCACGUAAUGAGCGAGAAAAUAUGCAAGUCAUGUACAACGCUCCAGCGGUUAUGCCAAUGUAUGGACAAACCAACAUGCAUUAUCCAAUACAUCACGUUGGAAACGCACAUUUACACCCAAUGCAUGGAGUAAUGGGCCAAGCAUAUCCAAACCAAGCACCGAAAGGCUACAGAAUGAAUACACAACUAGUCAGGAGGAACAUUGUUCCACAACCCGCAAAUUAUGCCAUGAAGCAUGUGCCAAAAGAUGGCCUUUUAUUUCCAGUAUAUCCACAGGCGAGGCUUCAACCAAUGCCAAAUACAGGCCGAACAUUUAUUCCCAGGGCAAACACAGGUCACGCUAUGUACAAUAUUCCCUAUGGGCAAUACGUGCCAAUAAAUAAUCUGGGACGCAAUUACAGUAUAAGGCACAAUAGUGUCAAGCAUUAA